AUGGCACGCACAAAACAGACAGCUCGCAGAAGCACCGGCGGAAGAGCACCCAUGCCGCAGCGCGCGAUGCAAUCCAACGGCGUCGUUGUGGACAAUCCCAACAUUGAUGAGCAGGAUGCGAAGAAGCUCAAAGAGAUUGAAGAAGGCGAGAUGCAAGCCUCCUUGAAGCACAUCGAUCGGAAGUAUACUGAGAAGGGUGCCGUCUACUAUGCCGAGACCGUGGAGGAGAUCAUUCCAGAACAAGUGAACUGGUGGAGCAAGUUUGCUCUUUGCCUGGUCCGGUACAUGGACCAAAGCAACAAGUUCGUUCAGAAGACCAGUUUGCAGGUCAACUCCCAACACCUCAAGGAUGUUCUGAAGUCGACUAUCAGGAAGUUCCCAGGCGUAUCUUUCCAGACCAAGGAGAUCACCAUCGAUGCACCCUAUCGUGUGCUGUUUCACUACAAGAGCGAACUCGAGGACGCUGGAGAAAAGCUUGAAGCCGAGGCCAAGGACCACCUCGAUUUCUUGCUGGACUUCAUCGAUGAACAGUUCCACGACACCAUCGAGGAGUCAGAGAACUUGUUGGAGCGGGGCCUCAUCUCUUAUCCGCUUCUGUGGACCAUCCUCCGUCCAGACACCACGGAAAUCUAUGCGCCAGUCUUCGGGCAGAACCGCGCCUACUCUCUGCAAAGCUAUGCGUACUCCUGUGACCCUCCGGGCCUAGGCCUCAGGAUGGAGUAUGUCGACUUCGAUGGUGACGACAUGGGCACACGCUGCGCUACUAGACUCAUUCCAGCUUUUGCAGGAACGGAGAAGAUUGUCGAUCUGCCUGCGUACCCUCUCGUUUACCAUCCGUCACCAGCUGCCUUGCGUAAGCAGCUCAUUGAGCGUGGCCGGCAGUUCGAAAAGCUCGCCGGCAUGAGCUUCCAUUGCUACAGCGGCAUCGCUUUCGAGCAGGGACCCCGCGGCAUGAGUCGCUACAACAUCGAUGGCAGAGUGGUCGUGGACACCAAGAUCUUCCACCGUCUUGAGGCAGACUAUGCUUUUGGAGUCGACGCUUUCAAGUCCGAGGAGGACAAGCGCAAGAAGCGACGUCGCAUCCAGGACGAAGGCGAUGAUGGCGAGAACCAAGAACUAUCGCUCGACCUUGUGCCUAAGGAAGAGCUGGACAUCGACCCGCUCACCGAUGAGCAGUGCAUGCGUGCCAAUGCGAUGGUUCGCGGCUUCUCCUUUGCCGAGAAACGAUGGCUGGACUUCUUCGUCGAUAAACUCUUGGACGCUGCCUGGAACCCAAACUGCUUCGAGCAACUUGUGUUGCCCCAGACGCAGAAAGAUCUGGUCCAAGCACUGGUCGCCAAUCAUGUACAGCAGCGCAACGACUUCGAUGACAUUGUCAAGGGCAAAGGCAAGGGCCUGAUCAUGGUUCUACACGGUCCUCCUGGAGUCGGAAAGACACUCACUGCCGAGACGGUCGCAGAGUUCACUCGACGUCCUCUCUACAUGGUAUCAUCGGGCGACCUUGGUACCAACAGCUCGACUCUUGACGACCGUCUCACACGCAGCCUCGACAUGGCCAGCACUUGGAAGGCCGUGCUCCUAAUCGACGAAGCCGAUUUAUUUCUCGAACGACGCAGCCUUCACGACAUGGAACGCAACAGCCUGGUCUCCAUCUUCCUCCGUGUCUUGGAGUACUACGAAGGUAUCCUCUUCCUGACCUCCAACCGAGUCAACACCUUCGACGACGCCUUCAAGUCCCGCAUCCACGUGCCACUCAAGUACAACGACCUGACAGUCGACUCGCGGAAGCAGAUCUGGAAGAACUUCCUGGGCAAGAUGGAGAGUGGCGUACAUGUCGAUGAGGAUGGCUACGACAGUCUCGCACAAGCUGAGAUCAAUGGUCGCCAGAUCAAGAACGUCAUCCGUACUGCGAAAUCGCUUGCUCAGUUUCAUAAGCAGAAGCUGGACAAUGAGAAGCUCGAGCAGGUCAUCAAGAUUCAGAUGGAGUUUGAGCAUGAGCUUGAUGCUGACUCGAAGGGUCUCACAAACGGCAGGCAGGCCAAUGAGACGACAAAUGGCUUGGCCAAUGGGCACUAG